AUGGGCAUCGAACCUCAAUACGCCUCAACUCAUCACUCUGAGAAAGCCGGCGAGAUGUCUGACUCCUCAUCCAAGGAUUUUACCCCUGCUCCACCAGCAAUGGUGCAACCGCCACCACAUGCAGAACACGGUCCUAUCAUUGACCACAAAAUACCACAGGAGGAUGCCGUGCCUUCGCGGCCGGACUUGUGGUGGGCUCGGACAAGACGCACGCUGCGAGAGCCCUUUUCAGAGUUCUUCGGUGUCUUCAUCCUGAUCCUGUUCGGUGACGGUGUGGUUGCUCAAGUUGUCCUGUCCGAUGGCAAGAAGGGUGACUACCAAUCAAUUUCGUGGGGCUGGGGUAUUGGUGUCAUGCUAGGUGUCUAUGCUUCUGGCAUCUCCGGCGCCCACAUCAACCCAGCAGUCACUUUCGCCAACUGUGUCUUCCGAAACAUGGCUGCCUCGGCGGUGGUGUAUGGCAACUACAAAUCCGCCAUUGAUCAAUUCGAGGGCGGUCCUGACAUCAGGACCGUUGGCGGGGCGACCUCCACAGCCGGCAUCUUCUGCACCUACCCAGCCGAAUUUAUGACCAGAACUGGCAUGUUCUUCUCCGAGUUCAUCGCCUCAACUAUUUUGAUGUUCUGCAUUUACGCACUCAAGGACGACGGAAACAUCGGUGCAGGAAACCUUACACCCCUUGGAUUGUUCUUCAUCAUCUUUGGUAUUGGCGCUUGCUUUGGUUGGGAAACCGGCUAUGCUAUCAACCUGGCCCGUGACUUUGGCCCUCGUCUUGUGUCAUACAUGAUCGGAUAUGGUCAUGAGGUCUGGAGUGCUGGCGGCUACUACUUCUGGAUUCCAAUGGUUGCACCCUUCUUUGGCUGCAUGUUCGGUGGAUGGUUGUAUGAUGUCUUCCUAUUCACAGGAGACUCACCUAUCAACACUCCGUGGAUGGGACUCAAGCGUUUCAUCAAGCCCACGCGGUCGACCUGGUCGAACACUGCUAGCGAGCUGUACGUCUGA